CUAGUUGCCGAGGUGUCUUGCCAGGUUUGGUAAUACAAGCCCCGCCCCACUACCAGAAACCGGGCUCUGGCUUGAAUACCAUCGGAGCUGAGGACCCUUCCUCCUUCCCCUCCUCCGUCCCUUCUCACAGCUGGCCGCUGCUGGCCUAGGAGGUCCCAAUUAAAGAGGAAGAGCAGUGUUCACAUACCUGGCCAGGGACUGAGGCCCCGGUUCCCUACUCAGCACCUGGUUUCAGGUGUCCACAAGAUAUGAGGGGUCACCCUUCCCUGCUGCUGCUCUGUAUGGGCUUGGCCACUUGUCUGGAUACUUCCAGUGGUGAAAAGCAAGACCAAGGCCCAGAACUCUUUCUGGGCCCCUCAGAGGCCCAGCGGUUCCUGGUGGGCCACAGACGAGUUCCUCGAGCCAAUCACUGGGACCUGGAGCUGUUCACACCAGGGAACCUGGAGCGGGAGUGCAUCGAGGAGAAGUGUUCCUGGGAAGAGGCCCGGGAGUACUUCGAGGACAACACCCGGACGAAUCGUUUUUGGGAGAGCUACCCCUACAAUGGCAAAGGAGGGCAGAGACGGAUAGAUGGAGCGGCCCUGGCUGUGGGGUUGACGUCUGGCAUCCUGCUCAUUGUGUUGGCCGGCCUGGGAACCUUCUGGUAUCUGCAUUAUCGGCGGCGGCGGCGCCAGCCCCCAAGCCAACAGCUGAGUCCCCAAGAAACCAGCCUCAUCAGCCCUCUGAGCCCUCCGACGCCCCUGCCUCCAUCCCAACCCCCAGGCCUCCCCACCUAUGAGCAAGCGCUGGCGGCUUCUGGGGUGCACGAUGCACCUCCACCCCCUUACUCAAGCCUCAGGAGGCCUCAGUGAAGAGCUGCUGCAGAGUGGGGGCUCCCCAGAACCGUGCCCCCGAUUCACAACAGAUUCCGGAAGCCCCCAGGCCUCUUAAAGACCUGAGCUGAGCUGGGGGUGGGGGAAGAUCAAGGGUCAUUCCACCCGAGGCCUACCCGGGCACACGUGCUUCCGCCGCGUACCCACACACGCAUCAAUGUGUUGCAGAGCCGGGGUGCCUACCCCUCAUGCGCUCCCCUCCCAACUAGGGGGGGCCGCCGGUCAGUCCCGUCUUCAGGAUAGGUGUGCUCGCAGGCCGGGUGAGCAGUCUUGCGUGUGGCCAGAUGUGACUCGACUUGGCUCUUCCGUGCCACGAGACACAUAACACACGAGAGCCCCACCCGCGCACACGCGUGUUUUCCUCCCCCCCCCGUGCGCACACAGGUGCCCUUCAUAACCCAGGGAAAGGGUGGGGGGCGUUUUGCAAGUGUGCUGGAGGGGGCAGGUGCUUCUGUUGCACCGGGGAUCCACAGUUAAGCUGUUAUAAAAAUCCUUUGGAAAGCCCCCCCCCAAUAAAAGGCCGAAACA